UCUAGAGAGAGGGAGAGAGAGGGGCUAACCCCAGUGUAGUGUGUUUAUUACCGUGUUUACUGUCUUGUUUACUGACCUGUCUACUGACCUGUCCACUGACCUGUCUCCAGUGUUAAUUGCCUGAAUUCAUCAGGAACUCAGAGCAAACUGAUGGAAGUUUAACAGAGAAAAACUCACAUCAUCACAUCCUUUAAUAUUCAGGUUGUUUUUAAGGUUUCCAUUUCACGUGACUGGAGUUUAGACCCAGACUGAUCCGCCUGAAAUCACUGAACGAUAAGGAAAGAUAACAAACAACACAACCUGAGCAAAACCCCUGCACACAAACACACACAAACACACACAAACACUACAAUCGCUCACUGUGAACAAUGUGUUAUCACCACUUUACACGUGUUUUGAUCAGAAAAGCCAUUACCUGACUUCAUUACCUGCUCAGGUGUUUACACAGAGAUAAAGAUGAAGAAGAAGAUGAUGAAGAAAAAGAAGGUGAACACGUGACAAAGCUUUUUAUUCCUCCUGCUGCUGCUGAUGUGUUUUUUUUUAGAACCUGGGAGUUUAACCUUAGCAACCACUGAGGGAUUCAGUUAAUCAUUACCAACAUGAGACGCUCCAACCCCACUGCACUUUCUAUCAGGUCUCUCUGCAAGCGACUUAACUUUGAUUAUUUUCUAGUUUUUUCUUAUUUCUAACUUACAUGAACCCUCCAGAGGUGAAGUCUGAUUCCUUAAAACAAACUAGAACAACACUAAACAGAGUGUGUUUCACUGCCGGGGCCCAACAGUCCCCUUAUACCACCAUAUGUCCGUUAUUAACAUACAGAUUUUGUUGGAUCUUAACAAAUAUUAAGUCUCCUUACAUCAAGAUCCAUGAAAUAUUGAACAACAGUAACCUGAUUGUGUGACAGGACACGAGACACAGUUUUGGGCUAGAAAGUGAAAGUGUGUGCAGAUUUUUAAAGGAAAACUGUCUCUCUCAUUGAGCUGCUCUCUUAUUAUUAAUUUUCUAGAUAAUUUUAGAUCUUCACGGAGUUAAAAUAAGUGUUAAAAACGAGUUUAAACAGUUUUAUUUAGCAAAUGAGACUUGUUUGGAAAAUAAUCCUCCUCAAUCAUAUUCUAAAGUAGAGGUUUGGUUGUAUUAUCUUGUUAUAGGUAUAAAUAAUAGAAUGAAAUAUGGCUGAAUUCCAUUUAGCUGCUUGGUAUUGCUCACGCUGCCUCACUAAGUCACACUGGGACACACUUUAGCGGAGCAGAGCCGUUACUAAUGUUGUUAGUGAGAGCUGCUUCUCCCGCUCUGGGGAGUCAAAGUGUCUGCUGCGAGACAGAGACUUUAAAAAUAGUCAUGUGGAUACGAUGAAACAAGUUUUUCACCCUUUCCUCAGAUAAAACUGUGAAAUACACAUGAAACCCCCAAAAACACUUAUCAUGAGCAGAAUCCCACAAUCCUACAAUAUUUCUUGUUGCAUUCAUACAUCUCUCAGCUCUGUAUGAAAAACAGAUCUGUGAAAUAUCCUCAGGUUGUCCUCGCUGCCUGAGUGUGGCUGUGUGUCUGUGGCCCGGUUGUUCACACUGAUGCAACGCAAUGCAAUUAUCUGGACUGUGAUUAUCAGUGCAGGUUAGCACCACAGUGCAAGAAGAGGACACGCAACGUCAGCAGCCUCGAUAGUGUGUGUCUGUGUGUGUGAGACAUAGAGACAGAGUGUGUGUGUGUCCCGUGGUGGAGUGAGACAAUAGAGACAGAGGUUGUUGCACUUUUUUCUUGGCACUGAUGGAAAUCGAAAGUUGCAUCAGGUGAUUCUCAUAAAAACAAAGAGUUUGUGUGUGACAUAAAAAGUGAUUAAGAUUCAAGAUUUUUAUUAUCAAAUGCACAACAAUAGCAUUAAGCAGUCGCUGGCCGUGAAAUGCUUGAGUCACAGGCUCUCUUCUAGCAAUGCUCAAGCAAUUACAACCUAAAAAAUCAAAUAGAAAUAGUAUAAAAUAGAAUAUCAAAAUUUAAAAUAGAAAAUAAAGUAUAUAUAUCUAAAUAUACAUAAAACAGCUGAAGAGAAAAUAAAACAACAAUAGUGCAAUUUGUGCAAUGGUGCAAAUAUGCAAAUAUGUCCCGGUGCUUGGUGGAGUUAUUGCAGUUCAGAGGAGUUUAAAAGUCUUAUGGCCUUUGGUUGAACAUUAGCUUGUCGGUCCUGCACAUUAGAAACUGACGAGAAGCUUGCGAGACGCAGGAAAUGAAAAAAAAUAGCAGUGAGAGUUGUUUCUGUUGAUGCAACCCUGCAGCUGCCUCAAUGUUUUCCUCUCCUUCCUGUUGCAGAGAUGGCCUUCGAGGUUAUUGUUUGACUUGUAACAUUCUGUCGCCUGCUGCCCAAAUAAAUACUUAUUUUCAUCAUCUGUUAACGGCAAAAACACAGUUUGUCAAAUAAUAUUAAUGAAAUUUGAUCAAACCAAGUCUUAAGUCUCCUACAGCAGGUAUAAACUUGAAAUAACUUUCCCACAGUUGGUAUUUUGUGUAUUAAUUUUGUUUAGAUCUUUAUCCCUCAUUCCACAAAUGCUCCGUUUCCCUCCGUGUCGGAUGAUGCAGCCUCAACAAGAGCUUCAUUGAUCGCCACAAACAACUGCAUCACCGUCAGCAUCAUGUCUAUCGGCCCUUUGUUUUACAUCCGAAUUUGAUGUCACUGUGGUGCCAUGUUUGUGGUGUCCACGCAGGAAGCCGUGUUGACCAAUGGCACACCGGUGGAGACGUCCAGCCCCGCCUCUGCGUCCUCGCUCCUCAACCGGCUGCAGCUGGACGACGACCUGGAGGCAGACGGCCUCGACCUGUACGUCUCCACGGAAACCCGUGACCUCUUCGUCACGGUGGACGACCCGAAGAAGCACGUCUCCACCAUGGAGACCUACAUCACCUACAGGGUCUCUGCCAAGACGACACGGAUAGAAUUUGAUCUGCCAGAAUACUGCGUGCGGCGGCGCUACCAGGACUUCGAUUGGCUGAGGAUCAAGUUGGAGGACAGCCAGCCGACCCACCUCAUCCCACCGCUGCCCGAGAAGUUCGUGAUGAAGGGCGUGGUCGACCGUUUCUCGGAGGAGUUCGUGGAGACGAGGAUGAAAGCUCUGGACAAGUUCCUGAAGCGAGUCGCGGACCAUCCCGUCCUCUCCUUCAACCCGCACCUGAACGCUUUCCUGACGGCCAAGGACCUGAACAAGCGUCAGGGUCUGGCCCUGCUCACCAAAGUGGGCGAGUCGGUGAAGCACGCGGCCGGCGGCUACAAGCUGCGGGCGCGGCCGGCCGAGUUCUGCGCCAUGGGCGAGUACCUGGACACCUUCAACCAGAAACUGGGAACCAUCGACCGCAUCGCUCAGAGGAUCAUCAAAGAGCAGUCAGAGUACCUCACAGAGCUGCGUGAGUACGGCACCCUGUACUCCAGCUGGGCCGCGUCGGAGGAAGAGCUGCAGCGCCCCCUGGAGGGCGUGGCCAGCUCCGUGGCGACGUGCGCCGGUGCGCUGGAGGAUCUGAGUGAGAACAUGAGCCAGGACUGUCUGCCUGUACUCAGAGAGUACGUUCUCUACAUAGAGUCCAUGAAGAACGUCCUGCGGAAGCGAGACCAGAGCCAGGCGGAGUACGAGGGACGACUAGAAGCAGCCGUGCUGCGCAGACAGGAAGACAGGACGCCUAUGCCAGCGGAGGUGGAGAAAUGCCAGGACAGACUGGAGUGUUUCAACGCUGACCUGAAGGCGGACUGGGAGCGCUGGCAGAGCAACAAGCGGCAAGACUUCAAACAGCUUCUCACCGGCAUGGCCGACCAAAACAUCAACCACUAUGAAAAGUGCCAGGCAGGGUGGGAGUCGCUCAUUACUCUCCUCCAGGACAAACAGACUGACGACAAAUCGAGUGAGACGAACUGAAACAUCGCGUGUGUCCCGCCCCCCCCCCCCACGUUCCUCCCUCACACGCUCUCAUGCCAAGGAAACGCAGCACAACGGGGCAGCAGCUUCCAAACUGCUGGACUUCAGCCCCCUGUUCUCGUGUGAGACAUUUGUCCGGAGGGGAAGUCGUCUCUCGCGGGGACCUGACCUGCGAAAGAGGUGCGUUCAAGGACAGCAGGGAACAAGGAGAAACCUGCCGUGUACACAGAAAUGUUUUUUUUUUUUUUUUUAUGGUCAUUGUUCUUAUUGACUCUUUUCUACUUCAUAUUUCCAAUUAACAGUUAAUCGCUGAUGCUGUUUGUGUUUAUUUAACUGCGAUCUGUUUACCCCCGUUUUCACAUUGAAUAAAAUGUGAAGGAAGAAGCUCCUGAUUGAUGCAGAAAACAUUUUUUUGAAGGCGGAUACUGAUAAUUUGAGUUGGUGUGAAGUAUCUUGAAAUAACAAACUAUUUGGAGCAUCCCCGAGAUUUCUCUCCCUUUCUUUUUGUAAAAUCCUCUGAGAACACAACACAACAAAACUCUCCUUUCUCAUCUGUACAAAGGCGUCUUAUUGGCUGUAGAUAAGACGCCAGUAUUUUAUAAACCUUUCUAAUUAGUUUUUGCAUGUUUCAGCUCAUGAAAUCUUGUAUUUGCCAUUUUCAUAAGUGCACAAACUUUGCAACUUUUUCUGCAGCCUUUGUUAUUUAGAAAUCAACUUGGACAGAUGUGAAUUCGCUGUGGCAUUAGAGGUUCAUCACUCGUCCUUGUGUUCAACCCGAGGACUGAAGGAAGAAGCAGCUGAUGUCGGUAAAAUCCUCUUAGUUCUACAGAAAGAAAUUAGUCUGCAAUCAACAGUGAUGCACCGAUGAGCAUCUGGGUUGAAUAUCGAGCUUCUUGCUGUGCUUGGUGAUAUAUCUGGUUGUUGUAGCUACGGUGCAGCGGCGCCAUCUAGUGGUCAAACUCUUUCCAUUCUUUGAAACUAAGAAGUGCUGCCUCUGUUAGUUUCUCGUGGUAUUUGUAUCCACUUCUGUUCUCUUGAAGAAACAAAAAACUCAGAUUUGGAUGCUAACAAGUAGUUUUACCUUAUGGAAGAUACAUGGAAGGCGUUGAAAGAGAAGACUCCCUCGGUACACUUUAUUUGAUUCUCUCAAUCAGGUGUCUGUGCUUUAAAGAACAUUGUAAAGAGUCAAAUGUAUUUUCCUGCAGCGAUCUGCCUUUGUGACUCUUAUUUGUUCUUUUGGGAACAUGUGGCAUCGUUUCCCACAUUAGUAACAUUUGUCUCGGAGGCUGGAUAUGAGCAGAGUGUUUAGAGCCGUCAGGUGAACAUCUGUCUGAGGCUUCUUGGAAAUCAAAUUGAAAAAAAGUUGUAUAAUCACAGAAUCAAACAUAUAGUCAUUACUUUGAAGAGUCUCUUAAACCCGCUCCUCAGGGUCAAACAUUUUUUCUUGACCUGACAAACAAAUCACUGGUUCUUCGGUCGACUUUCAGCCUUUUGAUGAAUGAAGGAUUCUUCACAUUCUCCUUCCUGGGGGCUUCAGUUGGUUGCAGUACUCACACCCCACCACUAGAUGCCACUAAAUGCUGCACAGUGAACUUUUAAAAACUGAGGCCAUUGGUUUCCAGUGAAAUGUUUGUUUCUCCAAAUCUGACAUAUUUUGCAAUUUGGUUUUGUUAAAUUCCCUGGAGCCCGUCUGCUCAGCUGUGACUCGCGUGUGUGUUGUACAACAGCUCGAGUGACAACAUGUUUUCUUUUGCGUCACACCGGUUUCUUCUUCUCUUUUUGUUUAGCUCAAAUGGUGCUGAUGCGAUUUCUGCCUUGAGGAAAAAAAUCUAAAUCUGAGAUACUCUGAUACCAGUGUGUGAUCUUGACCAUAGAGGGAGUAGCUGCGGUAAACAGAACCACAUUUACAAAAGAUUUAUUUUUCUGUGGUGUGAGUUUCACCAGCUGUAGCCUGGUGAUGUUUAUUUGUCAGUCACAUGAUCAUAGUUUCUGUUUGAGGAGUCUCUUUCAUGAAUGAGGUUCACAUUUUGGGCCGUGACAAAGCAAAAAACGAGAAUUUCAUCAUUUUUAAUUUCCUUAUCUCGAGGAUUUAUUGAAACAUUAAAUGUCAUUUGCUUCUUUUAAGUGGGGUCUUUUCAUCCGACCAUUAGUACUGAGCCUUCUGCUGUAAGACGGUGAUGACGUCUGAUUGUCGGUUUUUAGUUGUCAGCUCUAAUGUCCUUCAUUCUCCUUGAGCUCUGAAAUGAAUGAGCUACUUUCUCCUCUUGCUACCAGACGUCAGCGAUGAAGAAUAUUGUUUGUAUUUGACUGUGUGCAUUGGAUGGAGUGAGCAGAGAAGCCGUGGUCCAGUGUGGAGGCAGCUGCAGCAGAGAGAACUAUGGAUGCACUGAUGCUAAAAGGCUAAAUUACUGUAUUUAUAAGCCAGAACAUCUUAAUACUAAAACCCUGUAUUAAGAGCCAGAAUCGGGGGGUUCUGAUUAGACCGGCCCAUUCACAAAUACUGUAGAAGAAGAAUUACAUUUUAAUCCUCAAUCUUGAAAAGCACAUUUUGGCUCAUUUCCUAAACUUUCAAUCCUUUUUUUAACGUUAAUUUUCAUCGUUGUUUGUAUCAAAUAACUAAUCAGAACUUACUGGGAAUAUGAAGAGUUGAACAAACAUCAGUUUGAUUUAAAAAAAACAAUCUUUGAGAUCAAUUUAUGUGACGUUACUUUUGAAAUCUCCCAUCCAUUAACAUGGAGGAGGUUACUGUAACCCAGUAAAUGUCAGAAACAUGAAAACAGUUAAAGAUGAAGUGAUUUGUUAUAAAUAAUAACUUCUCUUCCUUUUCGUUCCAUUUAGUUUACUUCAUGAGAUCGGUCCCUGGUGUUUGUUUACUGUGUAUUUUCAAAGAGAGGCGUCAGUGCGUCUGUAGCCCCUCCUGCUCUGCGGCGUGUCAGUACCUGCACUGACCUGAUGCAGUGACCCGAGCACACAACAACUUCCUCCUGAGUGAAACGUCUUUUUGCUCUCACAGCAAUAUUCUGUACAUUCAAUAUCCCCGAGUGCGCCGCUGAAGAGUGUGGACGCCACAGCUGAGUCUAUUUUUGUACAAGACGCAGAUCGUUGUUGGGUUCCAGCGAGUGUGUGUGUGAAGAUGAAGCAUUUGAAAAAGGGAUUGUGGAAGAUUUGUAAUAUGUAAAUUUGGCUUGACAAAAAUAUGAGGAACGAAACGUUUAUUUUUGGACGCGCCGGUGAUGAGUUUCCUUCUCUGUAAAAGCCCCUUAUUCUACUGUGUGCCUGCUGAUUUCUUUUUGCACUAUUUACUGUACGUAGCUCCAGCCACUGGCAGAACUAUCUGCUGAGAAGAAAAACCAACAAAGAGCUAAAUUUACUUUCUGGUGUCCAAUUAUUUUGUGUUUCAGUUUGAACGUUUUUUUGCUGAUUCAGGUUAAAUCACCAAACAGCUGUCAAGAAACGAGAAUUGUAUUUUUCUUAAAGGUAGAAAAUCCAAUGUCUCGAAGCCAAAUGUCUCCGUCUCUUCCUCCCGUACGAUCAUCUGCAGCUCAGAGUCAAAAAAUCCAACCCCUGUACGAAAAGGUUAAACUUUCACAAAUCGUUUGAAUCCAGCUUUGUUUCUUCUUCUGCUCUUUUUUCUGUUCUCCUAAGUGUGUACUGUUUACGUUCAGAGCUCCUAAUGUACAUUUGGAUGUGAAUAACAUCUUGUUGUAAUUACAAAUAAGCUUGUAUAUUGAUGUUGUUUUUGAAGCAAUUUAUCUUUACCUCAAAUGAUUUUUUGGAUAUAUUGGACCAAUAAUAAUAAAAACUAAGAUUUCAUUUGAUUA